AUGCCAGGGUAUACGUUUUCUAUGAACAGCGCCGUUGAUUCACGCUAUUUGUGUUUACUGUGCAAAAACAUCCUCAAAGAUCCUGUCCAGACGGGUUGUGGCCAUGUUUACUGCACCUCUUGCAUUCCUCGCCUCAAGAGGGAUGAUGGGACCUAUAUUUGUCUUGUUGACAAGGCAUCCUUCGCAGCAGACCAGAUAUUCCCUGACAACUUUAUGAAGCGCGAAGUUCUUUCCCUCGUAGUCAAAUGCCCUAAUUCACCAGAUGGCUGUAAGUGGAAAGGAGAAGUAAGACAUAUUGAGAAACACCGGUCUACUUGCCCUGAGGAAAAAGAAAACUGCUCCAACCGUAACUGUCAAGAACGUGUGAAAAGAUCCGAUCUUCAGCGACAUCAGGAACACGAGUGUCCGUAUCGCACCCAACAGUGCUCCUUGUGCGGUGAUUCUAUGACUGCUGCUGUUCUUAAGACUCAUCAAAUACAGGAUUGCAAAAUGUAUCCCAUUCAAUGUCCCGGAUGUGGCAAAGAAGGAAUUCCGCGAGGAGAGAUGGAUAGCCAUGUUAAUCCCAUUCAUGGUGACUGUGAGGUAGUCGAGAGGACCUGUGCAUUUCAACAGAUUGGUUGCAGCAACAACAAGAAAAUGAAGCAAUCCGAGGUCAAGAAACAUAAUGAGCUGAGUGCAAUUUUGCACAUAAAUCUACUUUUGACGAGUGUUCUUCGGCUGGAGGAGCAAGUUAAAAGUCAGCUCUCUAUGGGUGGUGCAUGUGGUGGUGGCACCUCCGAUCAGUGGAUGAGACGAUCGGAGAUGACCAUCGCUAACGCCAUAUCAAGCAUCGACACAGUGGUACGCGAGCAAACCGAUUUACGACAGAAGCUAGAAGAUAAUUCUAUGAGACUUGUGUCGAUGGAAAAAAGAGUUUCAACCCAUAGAGACCAGUUCCCACAAUCGGCAACUUUCUCUUCGUUACAACCACUCCCCAUUUCGGACGAGAUUUCACGACGUCUCACAAAUGCCGAAAAUGGCACCAAUAACAUCGAGUUCUUGGUAAACGAAACAAGGCGUGAGUUGAACGAAGUCAGACAAGAAGUAUCGUCUGUUAAACGCCAAUUGGAUGGCGCAGUGGACAGUAUUAGACGACUCGAACGAAGAAUGGAGUCUGUAGAACACAAUUUGGCGCUCAGAAAUGUUGUUUUGUCUGAUAUCGAAGAACAUGUUCAACAGCAGCAAGUUUCUACAUAUAAUGGGAUCUUACUCUGGAAAAUAUCGGAUUUUGCACGUAAGAAAAAUGAUGCCGUAACUGGGCGAGAGGUCUCAAUAUAUAGCCCGUGCUUUCAUACCAGUCAGCAUGGUUACAAAAUGUGCGCGCGACUUUACUUAAACGGCGAUGGAAUGGGUAAAGGAACCCAUCUGUCGCUGUUCUUCGUUGUCAUGCGUGGAGACUACGAUGCAUUGCUCCGCUGGCCAUUCAGACAGAAGGUGACCUUCAUGCUGUUAGAUCAAGAUAACGUAGAGCACGUGGUUGAUGCUUUCAGACCCGAUCCAAACAGCUCAUCGUUUCAAAGGCCACGAAGGGAAUCAAACAUUGCGAGUGGGUGCCCGAUGUUUUGUUCUCUAUCGGAGUUAAAUAACCACGCCUAUGUGAGAGACGAUGUUAUGUUCCUGAAAGUUCUUGUAGACACAACAGAUGUCUGA